GCCUUGCUACCUAUCAACCCGAGACAGCUGUACCGCCACGCUAACGAUGGCGGCCCUAAGCACGUCCAAACGCAAGUUCAACAAGAUACUCGACAACAUGACCGCCGCUUCCUCUACAACCAGCCUCGCUUCCCUCCGCGAAAAGAACACCUCGGCCAUGUCCGUUGCCGCCGCCACCAAAGAACCGCCCUCCAAACGCUCCCGCACCUCGCUUGACGCCGCCUCCAUUGCCUCGGACGACAGGCCCGGCACCGCCGCCAGCGCGCGUGAAUCCACCGAUCGCCUCUCCUUACAGCAGCGGGCUAAGAGCGUCCGCCUUGUCGGCGCAAACUCCAAGCAGGACAAAGAAAAGGAGACCGCCGAGCCUCGCAAGACGCCCAACUACGUGCCCUGGAGCCACGAACUGUUCAUCGAACGCAUCAAGACAUUUGCCGACGUCAAGCGAUGGGCGCCGAAGCCUGACCGGUUGAGUGAGGUGGAGUGGGCCAAACGAGGCUGGAUAUGCGAGGCCGUCAAUACCGUGGCUUGCAAGGGCGGCUGCGAGCAGCGCAUCGUCAUCAAGUUAGAGCCUCAGAAGAAGAAACUUGACGGCGGGGAAGAUGAGGAUCACGGCAUGAUGACUGAAGAAGUGGACGAAGCGCUUGUUGAGCGGUAUGCUCAGCUCAUUGUCGAGGGACAUGACGAAGGAUGUUUAUGGAAAAAGGCGGGCUGCAAAGAUGACAUAUACCAUGUACCUAUGGCGAGCUAUGAGGAUCACAUCAAGCCUGGGCUUCUUGAGCGCCAGGCAUCUUUGCUCGGCGUUCGACACCAACUGCCUACAAUCGAACAUCUUGAGUAUCCUGGACUGAGUCCUGAAGCAUUGGCUAAAGGCUUUCCGCCGGAGCUCAACCAACCACCAUCGAACGAUAAUGAAGUGCCGCCUCGAAUCGACGUGAACCAGGUUCAAAUUCAACAAAGGAUUCAACUCUUCGCUCUGUAUGGAUGGUAUGGUGAGGACCGUGGCAAGUACUCAAUCGUCUAUUGCAAGCAAUGUCAUCAACGAACCGGUCUUUGGUUGUAUUCCGACAAUACCAAGCUCGACCUCGUUGAAGCUCACCGCAUUCACUGUCCAUGGCUGAACCCUACUUCUCAGGGAGGGAAAGCUAUCUGGGAAUUGCUCCAGGCACGGUUGCUGGUUCGCGUACGUGAAGCAUCUGCUUCAACAUCUAAUUCGUUCGAACCCGCCGAUUUUAAUGACAUUCGUCCACGGAGUUCAGCGGCGGACUCGGAACAGUCGGAUAAAAAACGGAUGGCAAGACUGAAGAGUGCCAUGAAAUCGUUUGGUGGAAAACUACGAAAGUAACGUGGCCCAUGAUAGUACGGCCGGCGCACUUGAGGAAUGAUUGUCGGGCGUUAACAGAGCUGUACCGGAUAUACAAGGCACAAAAUGGCUAUUGCCUUGAUUAAAGGUGAAAAGGUUGAAUUAAUCGGCUAGGAAAUGUACAGGGGGCAACGUUUGCUGGAACUCGAAGAAAUUAGCGGCAUUGUGGUAAUAUUGUAUGCAUGGCGGCGAGCGUUAUACCCCUGGAAGGUCAUGG